AUGCCAACAAAUCUAACUAAUGUUUAUGAAAUAACUCUAAAACUUCCAAUGUUAAACUAUUACACUGUGUUAACAGAUCCUUCAAAUUUAUUAAUUUCAUUACCUGUGAAUAUUGAUCAACAAUUUAAUUUUAUUACACGUCUCGUCUUUGAAAAUCAUUGUAGUUUUAAUAAUAUUUUGACAAUUAUCUCAUAUACACCACAACUUUACCGUCUAGAUUAUACAAAUACAAACUCGCAUGAUAGGAAUAUUGAAAUAAAUUCGCCAAUUAAAUUAACAAAUUUAAAAUAUGUUUUUGUACGUGUAUCUAAUACAAUAUUUGAUAUAUUUGAAAUGUUUCUUAGAAAAAUUAAUUCAAAAUUAAAAGUUUUAUCUUUUAUUACUCGAUAUGAACAUAUUAAUUAUCUUGAUGCUAAUCGAUGGAAGGAAAUUAUUUUAAAGUAUUUAUUUAGAUUAAAAAAAUUUUAUCUACAAUAUUAUGCAAGUUGUGAAAAAGAUUCAGAAACUCGAAUUUAUCGUUGUAAACCAAAUCAAUUUAUAUCAUCAUUUUGGAUUAAACGAAAAUGGAUAUUUGAGAUUCAACGAGAUUUGAAAAAUAUCAUAUACUCAGUUCGACCAUAUAAAAAACGAUGGGAUGAAUAUAUUCAACAUGAGAUUGUCGAUAUUUCUUCAGAUCUUUCUAAAUCGACACAAUUGACUUUUAUGUAUAUAAAUCCAAAUGAAUGGCGAGACAUUAUUGAUGUAUAUAUUAAACGUAUUUUAUCCGUAACACAAAUUUAUCAUUUCAUCAUUUCUGUAGAAAAAAUUUUUAUUAGUGUCUUAAUUGCAAUCUUAGGUUCAUUAUCAAAACUUUAUUCGUUAAAAAUUCAUUCUUUUUCUUUUGCUGAUCCAGAAGGUAUGAGUCAUGAAGAUUAUAAGAUUUUUUUCUCAACCAAAUCUAAAAGUAAAAUUAUGAAAGUCUAUCUUGAGAAACUUGAUCAUAUUCGUGAGUUCUAUUUUCUAUGUGCAGUUUGUCCUCAUUUGAUAUAUCUUAAAGUUGACUGGAUAAAUGGUAAGCAGAAUACGGUAUCAUUUCAACGUAUUUCUUUCGAAUAA